UAUUGGAGUGAGAGGGAAUGAGGUGGUAGAUAAGGUGGCAAAAGAGGCAACAAAAUGUGAGGAAAUUGAAUUACGUAUAAAUAUCAGCAAGAUGGAGGGUAAAAACAUAAUUAAAAGGAAAAUGAAGGAGAAAUGGCAGAAGAGGUGGGAGGAGGAGAGGAAGGGAAGGUGGUUUUAUAAAAUUCAGAGGAAAGUAGGAGAGGCCAGGGGAACAGGAAGGAGCAGAAGGGAAGAAACCGUAAUAUCAAGGCUGAGAUUUGGACAUACAGGGCUAAAUGCAUCGUUAUUUAUUGUUGGAAAACAUGACACAGGGAGGUGUGAUCAUUGUGAGGAGCAGGAAACUGUGGAUCAUGUAAUGAACAGCUGUAGGAAGUAUGAAGUAGAGAGACGACAAAUGCAGGAUAAGUUGGCAGAAAUUAAAGAAAGAUAUGAGUUGGUGAAUAUAUUAAGGAAGAUGUCAGGAGAUAGAUGCUAUAGGCACGUAUUUGGAUAUCUAAAAGAAACACAUUUGAUAAAGAAAAUAUGAAAUCCGGGUAACUCAGGGUUACAAUAGUAAAUAAAGACGCAUAAAGAAACCAGUAGGUGGCGGUAAUGCACAUGUUUGUUUGCCAACUGCCAAUAAAACCAAAAAGAAGGAGAAGAAGAAGACACCGUGGUUUGCAAACGAGCGAAUCAUCGCCGUUGCUUAGUGUUUGGAUGUACAAAUCAACACAAAAGUCUAUAUUUUGUUCAUUCAUCCGAGCCGCUGAAGAACCAGUGGGUUAAUUUUAUUGUCUCUGGAAAUGCGCCAGUCUGCGCCAAUCAUUUCACUGACGACUGCUUCCUCAACUUGGGCCAAUACAGAGCUGGACUUGCUCAAUGUCUGAAAAUCAAGUCUGGAUCAGUACCAGCUCUCCUCGGCUCAGCUACAAACCUCGAAAAAGCCAGCUCAUCAAGUGCUUACAUUCAGCAUUUUCUCUCAAAGGAUGUCGCCUGCCAGAAAGAACACCUGGAAACGCAUAUUUGUAGGCACAAAGCUAUCCUUAAAGUCUUUGCAGCCCCAUUUUAAAAGUGAAGACUGCGAUGCCUUUAGAGACCGUAGCACUCAGCGCAACGCCCCCUCAGAGAUUCUGGGUGAGGACGCCCCUGGCUCCUCCCACAUGUCCAUCCACAGCGAGGAACUGAAGAUUCUGAGCGUCUACGGAAAAGGGGAGGGCCCUUUGGCGACGGACAGCCAUGACACCCUCUUCACCGUGUCUGAAGUGGAGGCCCUGAACUCGCUGUCUGCGGACCACAGCGUGGCCAAGAGCCUGGAGCGCGGCGAGCGGCUGGUCUGCCGCAAGGAGCUGAGUGUGCAGCAGCAGACCCCAGACACCAUUUCAAUCAAGGUUGAAGAGGAUAUUGGUGGAGGCUUGCCCGCCGUGGAAGACUGCGAUGCCUUUGGAGACCGUAGCACUCAGCGCAACGACACCUCAGAGAAUCUGGGUGUAGUCGCCCCUGGCUCCUCCCACAUGUCCAGCCACAGCGAGGAACUGCUGCAGCAGACACCAGACACCAUUUCAAUCAAGGUAGAAGAGGAUAUUGGUCGAGGCAUGCCCGCCGUAGAAGACGGCAAUGACAUCAGAGACUGCAGCACGCAGCGCGGCGCCACCUCGGAGAGUCUGCGUGUGGACGCCCCUGGCUCCUCCCACAUGUCAAGUCACAGCGGGGAGCUGCGCAUCCUGAGCGUUUACGGACAAGGGGAGGGCCAACUGGCGGUGGACGGCCAUGACACCCUUUUUGCCGCGUCAGAACUGGAGGCCUUGAGCUCGCUGUCCUCAGACCACAGCGUGGCCAAGAGCCUGAACUGCAGCGUGCGACUCGUCCGCCUUGAGGAGCUGACUGGGCAUCAGGGCUGCCGCAAGGGCCGGCCCGGUGUCUUGUGUGGAAAGGUUAUUCCCAACAAUGCCAAUAUGAUUGUCCACAUGAGGACUCACUCCGGGGAAAAGCCCUACAAGUGUGACCAAUGCACGAAGGGCUUCAGUCUGAAAAGGCACUUGAAGAGCCACAUGAGGACUCACUCCGGUGAGAAGCCCUACAAGUGUGACCAAUGCACGAAGCGCUGCCGAAGCACAAGCCACCUGAAUUGCCACAUAAUGACUCACUCUGGGGAGAGGCCUUUUAGGUGUGACCAAUGCACGAAGCGCUUCCAGCGGAAAUGCGACCUGAAGAUCCACCUGAGGACUCACUCUGGGGAGAAGCCCUACAAGUGUGACCAAUGCACGAAGUGGUUCAGUCAGAAAAGCCACUUGACGGGCCACUUGAGGACUCACUCCGGUGAGAAGCCAUACAGGUGUGACCAAUGCACGAAGUGCUUCAGUCUGAAAGACCUCCUGAAGCGCCACAUGAGAACUCACUCUGGGGAGAAGCCCUUUUUUUCUCCCUCUGCAGAAGACUGCGAUGCCUUUGGAGACCGUAGCACUCAGCGCAACGACACCUCAGAGAAUCUGGGUGUAGUCGCCCCUGGCUCCUCCCACAUGUCCAGCCACAGCGAGGAACUGCUGCAGCAGACACCAGACACCAUUUCAAUCAAGGUAGAAGAGGAUAUUGGUCGAGGCAUGCCCGCCGUAGAAGACGGCAAUGACAUCAGAGACUGCAGCACGCAGCGCGGCGCCACCUCGGAGAGUCUGCGUGUGGACGCCCCUGGCUCCUCCCACAUGUCAAGUCACAGCGGGGAGCUGCGCAUCCUGAGCGUUUACGGACAAGGGGAGGGCCCACUGGCGGUGGACGGCCAUGACACCCUUUUUGCAGCGUCAGAACUGGAGGCCUUGAGCUCGCUGUCCUCAGACCACAGCGUGGCCAAGAGCCUGAACUGCAGUGUGCGACUCGUCCGCCUUGAGGAGCUGACUGGGCAUCAGGGCUGCCGCAAGGGCCGGCCCGGUGUCUUGUGUGGAAAGGUUAUUCCCAACAAUGCCAAUAUGAUUGUCCACAUGAGGACUCACUCCGGGGAAAAGCCCUACAAGUGUGACCAAUGCACGAAGGGCUUCAGUCUGAAAAGCCACUUGAAGAGCCACAUGAGGACUCACUCCGGUGAGAAGCCCUACAAGUGUGACCAAUGCACGAAGCGCUGCCGAAGCACAAGCCACCUGAAUUGCCACAUAAUGACUCACCCUGGGGAGAGGCCCUAUAGGUGUGACCAAUGCACGAAGCGCUUCCAGCGGAAAUGCGACCUGAAGAUCCACCUGAGGACUCACUCUGGGGAGAAGCCCUACAAGUGUGACCAAUGCACGAAGUGGUUCAGUCAGAAAAGCCACUUGACGGGCCACUUGAGGACUCACUCCGGUGAGAAGCCAUACAGGUGUGACCAAUGCACGAAGUGCUUCAGUCUGAAAGACCUCCUGAAGCGCCACAUGAGAAUUCACUCUGGGGAGAAGCCCUACAAGUGUGAACAAUGCACGAAGGGCUUCAUUCUGAAAGACCUCCUGAAGCACCACAUGAGAACUCACUCUGGGGAGAAUCCCUACAAGUGUGACCAAUGCAAGAAAUGCUUCCGUCUGAAAUGCCGCCUGAAGCGCCACAUGAUGACUCACUCUGGGGAGAAGCCCUACAAGUGUGAACAAUGCACGAAGGGCUUCAUUCUGAAAGACCACCUGAAGCGCCACAUGGUGACUCACUCUGGGGAGAAGCCCUACAAGUGUGACCAAUGCACGAAGUGCUUCAGUCUGAAAAGCAACCUGAAUAUCCACAUGAGGACUCACUCCGGCGAGAAGCCCUACAAGUGUGACCAAUGCACGAUGCGCUUCAGUCAGCAAGGCACCCUGAAGAACCACAUGAGGACUCACUCCGGUUAGAAGCCCUGCCUGUUAGUGCAUUGCAACGCCAGCUACAGCGACCCAAGCAAUUUGCGUGUGCACAUGCUCAAGCACACUUUGACACGGGGUAACGGGACGCUUUGAUUGAGACCUCUGUCCUGUAUUGAUUGAAAUUACUGCUUUUAGUUUUUCUUUUCAUCAUGAUUAAACACCUUCAACUUUUGAUUCGACUGAUUUUCGUGGAGUGUAGGAUUGGCCAGAGGAGAGACCAAGUUGAAUUGCAAUUCACAAUAGGGAUGAAGUGGACAUGGCUGCAAGACAGUUAAAGGAAUCUACACAACAAAGAAGUCUUUGGAUUGGCCUCAGUAUCAAACUUGGUGCCCACAGUUGCAAAUCCAAAACUAUCUCACUAUCUCAACACCUUUCAAUUAGAGAGGGCGGGAGGUAUCUCUAGUUCCAUGGAGAAUGGUUAGAAAUUCAUUGAAAUUGACAUUAUUCAAACGGGGAUUAUAUAAUUUGUAUGUUAAAGUCUGCUUGAUAUUGCCACGACACUCAUUACCCUUAUCUUUGUUAGCUUAUUACAAAAAGCCUGCAAAGUUCACUUGUGAAAUAGACUGCGAUUGAACCCCACAUUAUACAUGAUUGUGUUCAUUCCACUUACCUUUCCAUUCUUUGCGCUUAAUGCUAACUACCUUGGAUGGAUUGUAUCAUAAUGGUUGAAGAUGAACCAUUUUAAAUGGUCCCUGGUUAAAUGUCUAGAUCUCAGUGAUGCUCAGUUUAAGCCGGUCCUUCCUCUAGAAUGCAGCAUUAUUCUAACGGGACAAAGUCAGAAGAUUCCUAGCAUUGGUCACCCUUCACUCCCUGUUUACAGCAGCGGCUGGUGGUGAUCCAAUUCGUCGGUGGGGUGCAGUAAUGGACGGGGGUCCUCCCAAAGAAAAUAUAGAAUUGGUUUCUGGGAUGCCCACUAGCUAAAAAAAUAUUCUGAUUCAUAGCCUACAUCCUGACUUGCAGGGCCUGGACAAGCUUGCACUACUUUCACUUUCAUUCAACGAGCCAUUGCUAUUUGACCCAUGGUUGUUAUUCUGGGGCCGUAUUCACAAAGGAUCUUAGGGCUAAAAGUAGGUCCUAACUGGCGAAUUUAGGAGUAACUCCUAAAAAUAAUGGGCGUGUCACUCUUAAAUUUAGGACUCCUAACUUUUUUCACUAAGAGCAAUUCACAAAGUAUUUUAGGCCUAAAAGUAGCACCUAAGUCUAGGAGAGCUUAAAAGUCCUCAAGAGGACUCCUAACUCAGUAAGACCUAUUCACAAAGAAUCGUAAAAUGCCUGCGAGACGAAAUGUUAGGGUAUUCAACUUGUUGUGGAGUUAGUGCGCGAUGCAAUAACAUCCCCGACUAACAGGAAUAAUCAGAAUAGUCCCGAAAUAAAAUGUUUGGCCACACUACGUUAUUUAGCAACAGGGGAAAUGCAACUUUGCAAUGCCGACGAUUUAAAGAUAUCGCAACCAUCAGUCAGCCGUGCCAUAAACUUUCCUUUGGACAUUCAACAAUUACACAGGAUCAAAGCCAACUUCAUGGCAAUUGCAGGUAUGCCCGGUGUGGUCGGUGCUAUUGACGGGACGCACAUAAAAAUAAUUGCGCCAUCAAAAGACGAGGACGUGUUCGUCAAUAGGAAGAAAGUGCAUUCCAUCAACACGCAGGUUGUUUUUGAUGCAAAUUUUAACAUAGCCUACUGGAUGUUGUUGCAAAGUGGCCUGGAACUUCAGCUACCCAUGAUUCGCGCAUUUUAAUGGUGAGCGGUCUGAGGCAGCUUUUUGAGGUACCAGUUGGGUGUCACUUGCUGGGUGACAGUGCCUAUCCAUGCAACACGUGUCUCUAAACACCCUACCUCAAUCCACAACCGGGAGCACAGUUAAAGUAUAACAUGUAAGUGAUUACGCAGAUUGCGCUUAGUCCUAUGCGUAAAACACAUCGUAUUGGCUCUUUGACGCCUUUUAUUUGUUGAAUCCAUAUUUAUUAUUGUUUACUGAUUUCCUCCAUCUAUGCUAGAGCACACAAACAUACACGAAAUGUUGUGGAGAGAGGAAUUGGGCAGAUGAAACGUCGGUCUCAUGUCCUCCACGGCGAAAUACGCCUCACCCCAGAGAGGGCAAGCACAGUAAUCACUGUAUGUGCCAUUCUACACAACCUCUGCAAGCGGAGGAACAUUCCACAGCCAGACGAUGAUGAUGAUGAUGAUGAUGAUGGCGAUCAACAUGACAAUGAAUUUGGCCCUGUGGAACCGAGUGGACUGGCAUUUAGGGAUCACUUUGAAAACACAGUUUGGGUAAACACCUUGGCACAAAUCAGUCAACACUUGCGUAGUUCAUAACAUUUAUUUUCUUUUACAUUUUACGUAUUUUUAUUGUUUGCUUUCUCUCUCUUGAACGUGCAGGCUACAACGCCAUUAUCGUGGUCUGCACAAAAUUGUCAUCAUGCGUGUAUUCUGCUAACUGCACUAUAACUACUUAAUAGGAAUUAAUUUCUAGCCUAGGCUAUUUCCUGGUUUUUCGGUGAUUCAGUGGGCUCGUCUGAACAACCAAUCACCGAACUGACCGCUUCUAAACUCGUGCACGAGAAUUGCCGUAAUCCAUAGCAACGGCGCGUCACUCUUAGUUCACUCUUUGUGAUUUAUCCUUAGUAAGAGUAGGUCUCAGCGGCUUUGUGAAUAACUUUUAAGAAAAAACUCCUACGUAAAAUGUUUUAGCGCGAGUUAGGAGCACUCCUAGCGGUAAGAUAAAAUGCUUUGUGAAUACGGCCCCUGAUAUUGAGGCAUAUCAUGAUCAAUGUCCUAUAGUGUUUUACCCGAGUCUCAAGGUCUAUUUCAAAUGCUGUUUGGGACCGUUGUAUCAUUUUUUUUUUUUAAAUACAUGCCGAAAGACUUGAUUAAUAUGUAAUUUACUUGAUCCUUUUAAGUAUAACAUUGCAUGAGGAGUCCAUUCCUCCACUGAAAUGGGUAGAAAGUGCUUUUACGACUCUGCUAACUAACUAUCACUUCUCUCUGCAUGUAGUCAUGUUUUGCAAUGCACGAAUGCUGCUGAGGGAGGUAACCUAUUUGAUUAAUUGGCUGAAUUGUCCAAUCGGCUCCAAAUUACUACAAUGAGUUGAAACACAAGACACAGUGUAGUGUCAAGUGUUUCUUUAAUACUCUUGGUAGGAUAACAAACCUACCAUGAUUAAUCAGGGGUUGGGUUUGUGUCGGGUCUCUUCUUUUUCUGUUUAUUGUGUGUGUGUG